AUAUAUCUAUUGGUAUCUGGUUUGACGGGUUUGCUAGCCAUGAAACGCUGACAUUUUUAUAACAGAAAAAUAAGUCUGCUACAAUGGUGCUUUUAUUAUGUAGCGCUUAAGCUGUGUUAUUAAAUAAAGUUCUUUACGUUAUAGCUGUUUUGGCAAGACUUCAUAAAAUGGUGAUCAAACGAGAGGUAGCGCACGGCAUUGUCCAAGGUUUGAGUGACUUCUGGAAAUGUGAGGAACUGCAAGAUUUUACUGUCAUACUUACAAGAACAAAGUUUGGGUGUCAUAAGUUUCUCCUGGCAGCUUGUUCUGGGUUUUUCAGAGGACUGUUUAGAUCCGGUAUGAAAGAAACGGAAUUAAAUUGUGUGACUCUAGAAGACAUCUCAAGUGAAACUUUUGACUUAAUCCUGGAGACUCUCUACACUGGUCAUGGUGUUUUGACGAAAGAAAAUGUCAUUGACAUCUGGAGGGCCGCACAUCAACUUCAGAUAAUAUUCCUAAUAACAGAGUGUGAGAACUUUGUGAUUAAGUCCUUGUCAUUGGAGAAUUAUAUUGAUUACUUUCAAACAAGCAGAUUUCUAAAUUCUGAGACUGUCUCAAAAACAGUUUGGUCUUUUAUUCUUAAAAAUGCAAACUCCUUUUUCACAACAACUUUUUUUCUUGAAUUGCCUUUAAGUGAUGUCUUAAAUUUAGUGAAAAGUCAACAUUUAGAGGUGAAUACGGAAAAUGAUGUCAUUAAAGCGAUUUUAAAAUGGACAGAGUGCAAGUCCAAUCUAGAGAAGCAAAGUAAAUCAAAUCACGGCGCCAAGAGACGUAGUGACUUGCCUUUACGGAUUCCCAAAAAACUUAGAAGUGACGAUAUCAACAAUAGUUUAGAGAUCAGUCAAGAAAGCUUGCAAGUUGAAACAGCUAUUAAUGAAAUAGAUGCUGCGAAACCCAAUACUCCAGAUACAGAAACUCGCUCGGACAAAACGCUAUCUAGAUUUGACAAACAAAACUUCUCAGCAAGCAAAGAAACAAAUCUAGGUAUUUUGAUCUCCCACGUGAGAACAUGUCUGGCAACUCAUGACUGUUUGGAAAUGCUGAUGAGCCAUCCGUUGGUCAGAGAAAAUAGAGUGGCACACGAUAUAGUGACCCAAGCUUUAUUCUACCAGCUUCAAAUGGGUAAGAGAAACGGACAAUGGCCGACGGCCGCUAUACAUAGAAACAACAGUCUCUUUGAAAAUCUGACAUUAGCAAUAGUACAGACAGCUGACGAAAUACAACUUCGAGCUUUCUCGUUUUUGAGAAAGAAAUGGCAGAAUACAAAAAUUGGACUUUUAUAUAAACGAGACUUUACAUAUUUUUGUGUAAUAGAUAAAUCUUUAUUUUUCUUCUUUAUAACCAAAGAGCAAAAUGAAGAGAGGGACGUGGGUUCAAUAAAAAUUUUAAAAUUAAUAGGAAACGAAUGGAAAGCAAUAAAUGUUACCUUGUCAUUGAGCUAUUCAAAAUUCUUUACAGCAGCAGUCAAUGAGUUUAUUUACAUUAUUCAAAGUAAAGGAAAGAGAAUUUGGAGACUGCAACCAACAUCCGAAACUGUAGUUUGUAUGGCUGAUUUACCAGACGACCAGCCAAUAUGUCACGUGGCUUGCUAUGAACAUUUGAUAUUGACGAUGCAUUCAAAUACUGUUGAAGGUGUUGAUGAGACUCAAGUUCACUGUUACGACACCUUACAAGACAGUUGGUCAAGACUGAACACCCUUGAAGGUCCAGCCAAAGGAAUGACAAGUUUUAAAGAUGACCAGUCCACUUAUCUCUUGCAGUCCAACGGCGAUGUGUGGAAAAUAGUCAAGUCUCAGUCAGACGUUGUGGAUUUUGAGCACGUGGUCAAACUCUGGAGUUGUGACUGGCCACUUCAUGGAGCGGUCACUUUCAUGGAUAAACUCUAUAUUUAUGGUGUCAAGUCUGAAACACGUAAAGAUGACCCACAGCUGCGGACAUUCUUAAAAGGUUGGUUUAAAAAAAUAAUCCACAUGGAAAGUGAAUCGACUGACAGUUCAACUUUUAUACCAAUUAUCUUAAGCAGAAAAUGUUUGGCGUAAAGGAGCGUUCUGUCUAGUUUUGUACGCUGUUCAGCCUCACAGACAAAGUCAAACAUCUUUUUCUACCAUGCGUCACAAAAUAAAAUUUCUCUCUCAAGAAAAGCUAAACGAUCGAUUGAACAAAAAAAUGACAAUAGCUGUUAAUGGGGAAUCACUGUAAAUGAUGGAAGAUAGUUAUUACCCUUUGAGAUAUGAACUUACAACAGUAAAAAAUUAAACAAGAUUACAAGGAGAGUUUGUGUUAUCACAUAAACUCAGAGGCGGCCCCGCCCAUGGACAUUCAAGCCACGAGCUUGUUUUGUAUAAAGUAAUACAAUUUCAAAGACUCAUUAGGCGUUGUUUCUCACUUGAAAACAAACCAAAUAAUUUAUCAGAACAGCGAUUUGAAAGAAUUUGUAGUGACCUAGUUUAGUUAGAGGGUAUGUUAGUUUUGUAGAUAAAUAUAUUGUGUAUUGUUUUUUUAGCGACGGUAAAAGUAGUGACGUAGUCAGACAGACGAAUGGCGUUGUAGAAUGCGGAGACAUGGAGAACAAGAUGGCUAGAGCUUAGAGAAGGUUAAAUAGUGAUAGAGACAGAUAAGUAGCGACGGAAAGGGAGGCAAGACAAGCAUCCCAUUUGUAAAUAAAUACAUCAGUUGAAGAAUACAAAUGUCUUGAGUACGUUUAUCUUGUUAAUUGUAAUGUCCCUUGGCUAGUUUAGACUGGUUGAGGGAAAUAUAGUUGGAUUUGCACAGCAAACAAGAUCCUAGCCAAGACUAAUUAUUCGACGCUGUUUUUCACAGAAAAAAUGAACUGAGCUUAUACUUGAUACACUAAUUGAUUACAUUGCAUCUAUUGAUGCUUUUGAAAUGUUUGCGAUUCUAAAUGCAUGUCCUUAUGUGAUGUAGGACUUUGUUACCUACAUUUUAUAGAGACAUAGUUAACAACAAAGUAACAUGUAUUGACCAAUUCUAAAUACUUAUUUUUUUAGAUUAGUAUCUGGCUAUGAACGCCACUUAUCUACAGAUUGUAUCUUUUGUUAAAUUUGUUCGAUUAUAUGGACAUCUAAUUAGACCUAAUUUUUGCCUUGUUUUGAUAUUUUGCUUUCCAGUAACGACACAGUUGUAAUUUAUUUUCGAAAGAUUUUAUAGAACCAGAACAAUGUAGUCUUUUCAGGCUCAUCACAUUUUUGUGUCUUCUGUGUUAAGGCGUUGUAAUGAUGAUAAAGGCUAAAUAAAGUUAUACAAAAACAUU